CUCUUUACUGAAACUGAACCUCUCACCCUAACAGCAGAGGUUUUCCGUUGGUGGGGGUGUUCUGGGGGCUGUAUUUUUUUUUUCUUCCUUUUUUUGUGGAGAGAGGGUGAUGCUGUUCUCUGUUGACUGGGAAUGUAUUGACUGAGGAUCCAACUCUCAGCCUUCCAGCUGGACCCUGCUGCUGCUCUGCUUACUGUGUGGGGUUUAAACCAGGACACAAACACACCUGACGGCUGAGCUCUCCCUGGUUGCUUUUUAACCGACCAGUCUUCUAAUAAAACCAUGAGGGUCUUCCUCCUGCUUUGCCUGCUGGCGUUAGGCAACGCCAAACCCUACCAACCAAUCAAUGUCAUGGACUUCUUGAAAAACUAUGACAUCAUGAUGGCUGAUGCGAGUGAUGAUGAUGACGACAACGAUGACAUCGAUGCCGAUGACAAUGACGACGACAAUGACUUUGAUGAUGAAGAUGAGAACUGUCCAGCUAGUUGCCAUUGCUCACCUAGAGUGGUGCAGUGCUCCGACCAGGGUCUGAUCUCCAUUCCUGGGAAGAUUCCUGAAGACACUGUGAUGAUAGACCUUCAAAACAAUGAUAUCACUGAGAUCAAGGAGGAUGACUUUAAGGGCCUCCACAAGCUUUAUGGCCUGUUUCUGAUCAACAACAAGAUCUCUAAGAUUCACCCAAAGGCCUUCAGAAACAUGGACCAUCUCAGACUGCUGUACAUCUCCUACAACCUGCUGACUGAGAUCCCUGCAAACCUACCCCCCAAUGUCAUCGAGCUUCGUUUCCAUGAAAACAAGAUCAACAGAAUCCAGAAAGAUGCAUUUAAAGGCCUAAUGAAACUCCAUGUGCUGGAGCUGGGCGCCAACCCUCUGGCCAACAGUGGAAUUGAGCUGGGAGCUUUUAAUGGCUUGUCGACUCUGUAUAUCGGAAUAGCGGAGGCCAAACUAAACGCUGUACCAAAAGACCUCCCGUCAUCCAUCACAGAGCUGAGUCUGGACUACAACAAGAUCUCUAAGGUGGAGGUAGAAGACUUCAUCAGAUAUAAAAACCUGCAGAGGCUAGGACUAAGUUUUAACCAGAUCAAGUUUGUAGAAAAUGGCAGCUUGGUCAGCAUCCCAAACAUCCGUGAGAUCCACAUGGACAACAACCGCCUGAAAAAGAUCCCACCAGGCCUCAGCUCCCUGCGCUACCUCCAGGUGAUUUUCCUCCAUGGCAACAAAAUCAACAGUGUGGGAGUCAAUGACUUCUGUCCCAUCAGGUCCAGCGUCAAGAAGAACCUGUAUACAGGCAUCAGUCUGUUUGCCAACCCUGUUAAAUACUGGGACAUCCAGCCGGCCACCUUCCGCUGUGUGACUGGACGGAGGGGCGUUCAGCUUGGAAACUUCAGAAAGAAGUAGGGAGUAAAAAUGAGGCAUAGAUAGCUCAGAAAUGAAAAACUGCCAUUAUCCUUUUUACAGUAUAAGGAAUGAGCUGGAAAUAAGUGAUAGAUUAAAAAAAAAGAUGAAACUGUAAUUCUAAAGUGUUAGCUGUUCAAUAAAUGGGAGAAAAAUUGAUUAUAAUUUGUAUACUAAAACCUGUAGUACAUAUUGUUGAAUACUUGUACAAUUUACACACGUUCUCAGCCAGGGGGAGAAAAACAAAAACAAAACAAAACUCUAGUCGGAAUGUUGGUACUGAUAAUGAAUAUUAAAUCAUAAGCUAAAACCAAUAAAAAAUUAAUCAGCUACAGUCAGUAUACAGGGGGUGGAUGUAAUAACAUGAACAGCUGUAUAUUAUAAUGAAAUUCACACAAGAGCCCUGCCUACCUUUGUGAGGUACACUCUGUAAGGUGAUCCUAUCCUUUUGUCCCUGAUUAGAAGGAAUACAACGCCUCCCCAUGGUCACUUUUUUAGAAAAACCACCCAAUGAUUUCACUUGAAUUAUAUUACAUUCUUUUUUAACGAAAUAAAUUCUUUUUAGUUCUUUCCUUUCUAGUUUUAAAAUAAGACAACUUUUAAUGAGAAAGUUUAGUAGAGAAGUUUAAGGUUUUUUUUUUUGUUAAGUUUUUCUCAUUUCCUUGUAUAAUUAUAUUGAUGCCUUUUUUAAGUUGAGACAUUGAAAUUAUCAGAGAUUUAGCCUAAAAACACCUUUUACUUAAACCAAAACACCUUUUCCUUCCAGCAGAACCCUGAACAGUCAGUGAAUAAUGCUGGCGUUAUUUAGUGCAAAGUAACUUUAAAACCCCACGUCAGUCUUAAUGUGGUUGUUUUUUUUUUUUAUCUCACUGCAUGUCUGUAUUGUCUUUAUUUAGAAGCUGUAAACUAUAUGUCAAACUGGAUUAUACUUUGUCCUUGAUGUAAACGUGUCCUCUGCAGGGCUGGGGAUUAUCUGUAACUAACCAAAAAUUUACCCGAAAAGUCCGUUUGUUUUAAUAAUUUACAGCAACCAAAGUGAACCACAGUUGAUAUUGAAAUCAGCAGCAGGUAAUGUAAUUCCCAACCCAGAAUGUCUGAGAGCAUCUUCCUUACAAACAUGUUACUGUUUCCUCCAAUGUUCUCUCCUCCAAAAUGGUGCUAUAUUUAUUUAGUUUGUCUUUAAAUAAACCUGGGACACCUCCCCAUUUAUGUCUUGACUUUUUAUCAAAAUGAAAGUUCGAGUUGGAAAGAUCAAAUUUGAUUUUAUUAUUGCAGGUAUUAUUGUCAUCCUCGUGUCUCCUAGGAUGAAUUUUUGAUUUUAGCAUAUAUUUGACUUGCUUUAACAUACUGAGUGAUCAACUAAGGAGGUAGACUACCAAAGAUAAGAAACUGCUGUUUCCAAAAACAUGAAUUGAUUUUAA